AGACUUAUAGACUUACUCUUUUCAGAGCAAGAACUACGGUAGAACUAAUGAGGGUCCUGGUCCUCCUCUUGUUCAUAGGCGUCGAUGGCGAAGACGACGGACCCCCUCUUCGGUAGUGGUCUGUGACAUUGCGUUUGUUCGUAGGCGAUCGGCCACGUUACUACCGAAAAGCAGAGGCGUUUUGAUGAGGCCCUGGUGAAGAUAGCUUUGCUGCUGUGUAAGAAGUAAACAAGCCAGCUAUUUUGCGAGAUGAAGCAUGUUCGUGGACGAGUCUUGGCUCGCGGACCCUUCUUAUGGUCCCUUUCCUACAACAACUUUCAGAUCAUCCCCUGGCAUAAACAUCUUCUCUGCUACUUUGUAUGGCACGCUCUCACACGAGCCUCUACCUGCUGUACCUGGUCUACCUGCUGUAGACCUUAGCCAAUAUGUGUCUAAUAAGUGGUUACGGUUACCUUAGCAGAUGACACAGUGAAUCGUGAAGCUUCUAUCUCGAAUGAUGCUAGCGUUGCUCUAUCUCCUCUAUCUCUUCUACUUUUGAGCCCCUACGACGUCUUCUAAUGAUGCUAGCGUUGCUGUUGUGCUCACGAGGCACUGUCGGUCUCACACAACCUGAGGAUCAUAGGAGUCACACUAGCGUGAGAGACUCGGGUACGAACAAGAGGAACAGCGAACAAGACAUCACGUUCUUAGAUUAAGGCGACAAGAUAUUACCUUCUUCGAUUAGGUCCAGCGACGCUCAAAGCACCUUAAAGUAAAGCAACCGGCUAGCUUUCCCUCUGAUCUUAGGCGUAUCCCUUCACGCAAUAGAUUCAGGCGACCAAGACAGCAUCCUCCUACUGCAUGGCCUGUCCCUCCUUUUUGAUCCUACUACUGUCAUGAACAUGAAGACCAUCAAGAUGACCAUCAACGCCUACAGCACAGCAUGAUCAAUGUGCUUGAGGAACGAGCCAUGUAGUAGGAUCACCCAUUGUUGGUACUUAACUCACCAAGAAAGGGGAACACUCUUCCUGACUCACUAAAAGAGGUAAAUUUUCCAAAGGGGAAUGCGAAGAAGAAGCUAACUCGAAGAAGCUAACUCGAAGAAGCUGACAGCUCUAAUCCGAAGAGGAAGCUAACUCCGCCCCGAUGCCGUUAAGAACGCAAGUUAGAUUUUCAUAGAAGUUGUACACUUCUUACAACACACUCCUCCACCCGUGAUCUUCUAUCUAUUGUAUGGUAACAGGAACUCAAGAACUGCACACGCAGCUUUCUAGUCGGAAGGAUGAUAUUCUUGCAUGCCGAUGCCGAAGAUUGAUCUCUCAAUGGCUGAGGCAUGAGUAGAGAGUAUAUUGAUGUUGUAUGAACUCCUGCAAUUUUCGUGGAGCUACUUUCUUAUUGUUUUCGAGGAGCUACUGACUCCUGCACUGACUCCUCAAGUAAAGAAAGUCAAGGGAUCGAAAUACACAGUAGUAGACACUGAUGCUAUAAUCACCAAAAAGAAGUACUCGGGAGAUGGCUCCAAAAAGAAGGACUUGACGCUGUAUCUUGGUUAUCAGGUAAUUCUCUAAACCAAAACCGGGCAAGUCGAGCACCAAACCCACCAGUACGAGAAGUAGAUGAAGCAGAUCGACUGGUGGAUUCAUUGCCACAAAAUUCCCUGCGGUCUUCUAGUGCCAGAAAAUUUUUAUGACCGGUUUAUUCAAUUGACUCCUUCCUACAUAGAAGAAUCAACAAGUACCGGUCUCGUUUGAGGACCCAGGUUAGAAACACGGCAUCGCCAUUACUUACAGUUAUAUCAGAAAUAAAGGACGCUUAGUUAGUUUUUUUCGAUAGAAGUAUACUUCUUGAUAGCAGAGUAGUUUAUAGCACGCAUGGUGCAUGGAGUAGCAUGGAGCGCAGAGCUUUAAGGGGCGCAAGAAGCUCCCCCUUUAGCUCCAUGCUACUCCAUGCGAUCCAUGCACUCCAUGCCAUGAAAGCUGUGAAACUUUAUAAAUUGCUCUGCGAAUAAAUAUCUUUUUUUGGCCCGCCAAACAAUAGGCUAGUAGAACUAGUUGGGGCACGAUGAACAUGAAGAUAAUGAUGAUGAUGAUGAUGAUGAUGACUGCACAGGAAGAGAAGGAUAGAUAAAUCUCUUCCAACAACAAUGACCUCCUGCCAGGCACAUCAAUCUAUCAAUCAAACGAUGCGGAUCUUUCUAAUAGUGGAGAGACCCUUGAGUGUCCCACGCCUUGACUUCACGAAAUUACAUCCACCUCAAAAGGAUGACGUAGACCUUGAAGCUUUUGAUCCACCAGCGGGAGGAAGUGGUUAAGAUGCCUUUUUCAUCUUCUUGUACUCACUAUCAGGGACCACGACGGACAACUAAACUCCCUUAUAUGAUGUAUAAGAAAAUGGAGAUUAAGCUUAAGCUCAACAAUGUAUAGAAUGGAGAUUUCAUCUUCUUGUACUCACUAAUGGCCUCGAACGUUCACCCCCUCAUAGGUGAGCCCACUCCUAUCCUAUCCUAUCCUAAGGGUCGCGUUGAUAUAAUGUAACUGUCGGCUUGUUACCUCCUAAACCCUAACCCUAAACCCUAAACCCACCCUAAAACCCUCUAAAUUGGUGGCGAAGGCGUGGCCGUUGCGAAUCCUGGAAGCCUUAUGAUGCACAAAGAGUGUCCAUUUAGCAAUAUCAGCUACUAAAUGUGUUACAUCGCCGAUUUUACUCAAUGUGCUACAUGUUGUAGAGGGCGCUACCAGCCAGAGGAUUCACGGAGGGAUCCAAGGGUAAUUUCUGCGGAUCCGGUGCUAAAUGCGCAGGGCUGAGGGGCGAACCCCUCUAAAUCCACAUCGAAACCGAUGACGAGGAUAUAUUUAUAGAUCAUAACUAACUUUCAAGUCCUCUUCGGUGAUACAGUCUCUACUCGAGUCGCAACAGAAGACCAAGGCAGCUGAAAGUUGCUACGUGGUUCAUAAAUGAAUAUAGGGUGGAUUCGCAUCACCCUUAAAUAAAAGAUUUUUGAAUUUAUAUCAACAAAGAAAUUCGGAUACUACCUAUUAAGCUUUGUAUGCUCCCGCCAUUUGGCAACCUGAAUUUGAUCAUAAUUAAGGGAAAACAAGAAGAGGACCCUUGUGAUCAAAUUCAGGCUACCAAAUACCGGAACCGUUCAAGCUUGCUCUAAGGCCGAGACGCCGAAGCAACCGGGUACGGCGAAAAAAGACAAAGCCAAAGGAGCCUCACCUAGAGCAGCCACACUUAAAGGGACUACAUCAGGCAUUAAGGAAAGUCCAGAAGGUCGCCGAUUCACAAUAAUUAUCUGUGUAAUAAGAUCAGUAGCCCUCUUUGCCUACGAGCGUUCGUAGUAGACCCACACCUAACCUAAUCUAACAUCGCUACAUGCAUCAAGAUGAUGACUGUCUGUGGUAUCUACGUGGCAGAUAACCUGCGCACUUAAAUAUAGAAGUCGUCAGGGAAAUCUUAGGCAGAUCGCCGAGGCGAUUCCAUAUCAUCAUAGACAUCGUGGCAGACAACCUGCACCCUUAUACAUGGGACCCCACGAGAUAUUAACCUCCUGUUGUAAAAAGGAAAGGUGAAUAUCAGUAGAUGAUGAUUAAAGUUAACGCUUCUUUCGCUUUCGCGUCGCGCACCCCCAGCCCUCUUCUAAUCCAGCGUCGACCACCACCGCAGCCGGUUCUACCGCGUCGUGUUGUGUUAAGCACUCUGGGACCCUAGAAGUGACCUAGAUCCUGUAAAUGAUCCACCUCUGACGCUUAAAGGUAGGAGUGAUAGGAGGAACUUAAUAUACUUGAUAUGUCAUUGUCAAUGUCUACUAACUCGACGUCCAGGAGCGAGAAGUUAUCUAGGACGAUAUAUAACUACAUGCAUAGGGAGCAGACCUAACAAAACACAACGUGUGAAGGCAUAGCAAACUUUGUAUCUUUGAAAGGCAUCCUAUCCUACCCUAACCUACACCUACAAACAUUGUAUUCUUCAGCACUUCUAUAUUCUUCAGCACUUCUACUCGAUUGAGGAGAUCUAAGGCCCGGGGAGACGCAGAAGCUUCCUUUCUAGAGAAUUCUUGCGCGGAGACUGGAACGUGUAAAACGCAGCAAGACGUUGCGGUGGUCCAAAAUGCUUUUUCCUUCUUCAAUGACGAUGAAGAUGGAGCAAAGCAAGGUAGCACAACUAGUCCUACUUUAUUUAGUAAGCCAGUUGUAUUAAGCCAGUUGGAAGUAGAAGUUGACCUCUGCAUGCGCAUCUGCAUGGCUUCUUCAAGUAGGAAAGCCAUGGAUAUGCGAGCUAGAGACGCCAACUCCUCUUAGCCGCUAACUGUGCCUACCAGAGCUACAGACAGUACUUCCAGAGUGGCUACAUCCAGGACUUCCAAAGUGCAGGAUCAUGAUGAAGUCCAAGGUAGUGCCAGUGGUGGACAUUUAGUGGGCAGGCGGGCAGAUGACACGCACCAAGGAGGGCGCUAUUCGACGACAGCGGCACAUCUCCUAUCAGCACAAGCUUUGGUAACCUAUCUACAAAGUGCGGCAUUCGCAGUUCAGUCACUCUUCCGCUCAGUUUUACGACGAGAAAGUAAUUUUCUUUAUUACCGGUUGCGGUUUAUUUGGGUUUUAAUGAUCUUCAUCUCUCUUGAUCAUUGCAUCUGCUCGUUUGUUGUGCAGGGAAACUUGCAUAUCCAGCAGAGUGGCAACCAUUAGAGUGGCACAUACGGGACCACUCUAAGAAAUGUUGGUGACGGCGUGCUAGGUGGCCAUUCAUUCGAAGCACCCGAAACGACUUUGCUGCUAUUAUGAUUGGUGUUAUCAUGGUUGCUGCGAGCUCUCGUCCUAUGUUCAUCUUCGACUUCGUAUAUCCGAUAUUUGAAGAUGAAAUACACAUCACCCGGAGUCGAGCCAGGUGCCGGGGGGUUCGAUGUGCAGGAUUCACAACCUAAAACCUACUCAAAAAUGUACCAAGUAUCUAUCUAUACUUACACGUAGAAGUAGACAACUUCUGUGGUUGGAUAUGUAUGUAAGUAUGAAGUAGCACACACCGACACCUGAUGAAUAAAGUGGAACAAGAUUAUCGUCGCUAAUAGACAUCGCCGUCGCCCCAGCACUCGCUCUGGUGGCCAUCGCCUGGGUUGUAGCAACGUGGGACAAAAGGAGAUAUGAGCCGAGUCAUUAUCGCACUGCAAUAGUUUGUUACUACCCAACACGACUACUCGUCUUGAAAAUACUAAUAAUUGUGACUUCUUCUAUAAUACGAGUCACUCAGUGGGGAGAAUCUUCGACUUGCACUUUGACUCAGAAAAAAGAACUUCAUAUGCUCGUUCAAGAUGAGGAACAUAUUUACCGAAUUCAUAGCUGGUCGUGGUAGACGAACUAGAAUCUUCUACUAGUAGACAAGUUCUUUCCCUCCACCUCGAUCCCUGUUUCAGCCUUUACGGGCAGCACGAGUGGAGAAAGCGCUAGAUGAUAGUGCAACAAGACAAGAUGCGUUAGCCCAGAAGCUUAAUGCGAUCGACCGAAAAAGUUAUGAUUCUUUUUCUGAUAUGUGUAGGUACUUCCUUCCUUCGUGAAAAAUAGGGUGGUUGCUCUCAGUGUAUCACUACAGGAGGAACUACGACUGUUUUUUUCUCUAAUAACUGCUUGAGAAGGACAAGCGAGGGAUAGGAACCGACCACAAGGAGGCAAAAAGCACAGACCACAGGGUUGCAGAAAGCGAAGACGAAACCGACGAUGGAAAGUGUGGAACUACCAUGAAGAUGAAAGAUGCUAAACCAAUAUUGACGAGCAAGAAAUAAGAAGUCAACUUAGACAGGAGAAUCGUCAAAGGUUAUUCUUCUUGGUCGCGCGACGACUUGAUCAAUAACUUUUUCACACUUCUCUACUUGUUACAACAGUGCCCCAAUAUGCAAGAGUUUUUAUGAGACUGUUUUCAGACUAAGAGGAGAUUGAAGGUGCAUUCAUUGUAGCUGUAGGGCCAAACUUGUGAAAUUAAACCUCAAUUUUUUUAGGGUGACUUUCUCUAGCAAAAUUGAAAUUGAACAUUUAAUUUUUAGGGUGACUUUCUCUAGUUGUAAUUUUCGUUGUUGUGUGCACAGAAACGUGCAUAAUUGAUGCUUUUUCGCAUCACCGAUCUUGAUCUUGUAUCGGUAGUUUCUUCUUGAUGUAAAGAUUGGAGGAUGAUUCGCAACAUGAGCAUCUGCUCUUUGGAAAUAGAAAUACGAACAUCUGUCCUAGGCGAAAAUCAAUGUGCAACACACCGCAUGCACACCUCGCUCUAGACAACACCUCUUGCUCUUGAGCUGCAGGUAAAUGAAUUUAUGAAUUGUGACAGCAAGCACAAACUAUGUCGUG